CGCUGAAACGCCACACUGGAAAAUAUUGGAGGCACUUUGAAUGAGAAAAACAUCCCACCAGUCUUUUGUACGUCGGUAGAGCAAAUGUUUACGAGGCCUUAGCUCCGACAUGCGUUGUCAGAUUAUUAUCGCCGCGACCUUCUGGUCUGUUUGUGUAGACUCACGGAAAAUUAGAGGGAUAUCUUUGUCAUACAAGCGGUUCUACAGAGAGAGGAAGUCCUUUUUGUGCAUCGAUGGCUCUAGAAUGGUCCCAUUUGAGCAGGUGAACGAUGACUAUUGUGACUGUGAAGAUGGUUCUGAUGAGCCAGGCACUGCCGCCUGCCCGAAUGGCCGAUUCUACUGCACCAACUUGGGCUUCCGGCCACAUUACAUCCCGUCAUCAAGAGUCAACGAUGGGAUUUGUGAUUGCUGCGAUACUUCAGACGAGUACAACAGCCUUACCUGGUGCCUGAACUCCUGCAGGAAUCUGGGACAGAGGGAAAGAGCGGAUUUGGAGGGCCGGAUGAGGACCCUGGAUGAGGGGCUGCGACUCAAGCAGCAGCUGAUUGAGGAGGGCGUGCAUAUCUGGAGGGAGAAACAGACCCAACUCAUAGAGCUGCAGCAGGUCGCUGAAGACCUCCAGGUCAAAUUAGAGGAACACCGGAGGAGGAAGAACACAGCCGACAGGCUGAGAGAGCAAACCCUAAUGGCACUGGAGGCCGAGGACAACGGUCCCAGACGUCAAAACAGAACCAUUACCAGCAUUUUCCAUCAGUUGGACAGCAACAACGAUGGCAGCAUCACGGUGGAUGAAGUCCAGGCAAAAGUGGCUUAUGUCGAGGAUGAGGAGCGAAUUCUGUCUGAGGAUGAAGCUGUGGCUUUGCUGGGAGGAGGCCACCAGAUGGAUCUCACCAUGUUCCAGCACAUGCUUUGGAACAAUUUGAGGAGUGGAGACAGCAUCAAAAUCAAAGGCACACAUGGUGCUCUGGUCGGUUUGGUGGAUGAAGAUCCCAACAUCAAGGCAGCUGGGAGUGCUGCAGAAAGGGCGGCUGCCGAUCUGAAGAAAGUGGAGGAGGCUUUUGAGACAGUCAACAUGGAAAUAAGUGACCUAACAAAGAAACUCACCAUAGACUACGGAGCCGAUCGAGAGUACCUGUUUAUGAACAAUCAGUGUUACCAGCUGAAAGUGUACGAGUAUACUUAUACCCUGUGUCCCUUCAAUCAAGUCACACAAAAGGAUGUUUCAGGAACAGAGGUCUCAUUAGGGAAAUGGGGAACGUGGGCGGGAACGCCAGGGAACCAAUACAGCCAGAUGAGGUAUGAGAGUGGAGAACCGUGCUGGCAAGGGCCAACCCGGAAUACCACGGUCGUGCUGACAUGUGGGACGGAGACGGCCUUGCGAUCGGUGAAGGAGCCCAGCAAAUGCCAGUACAUCAUGGACUUGCAGACUCCCGUGGCCUGUCAGCCGCCACUGAAGCAGCAGGGCAUACACAGUGAACUGAAGCGGCAGGGCGUACACAGUGAACUCUGACCCUCCCCGAGGUGACCUAAGCCUACAUUAAGGCUUUAGCUCUGCCCUUGCUGGCCUACCACUGCAUACAGGGCUCCCGAGGAUGUGUGUAGUCGGAUCGUAUACACCUCCCAGCAAUAACUGUUAAGGUCAGAAUCCACAUUCAGUAGCAUUGAUUUAGCUCAGAUGUUGUUGAAAUCUCAGAUGAUCAUAGCGCUGCUUUGUUUCUGUUACAUGUUAGAGCGGGUUACAUCGACAGCCUUGCAUGAUUCACUGUAAUGCAGGUCUCUGGUCAUAUUUAAAUCAUUUCAAGGGCAGCGCAACAAAAGAAGUAUCAAAAAUCAUUGUCGGCACUGUAGUUGUAUUAAAGAACUUUGUCAGUCUCUUAAAAAUAAGUUCAUUUUCGGGAUAUUCGAAAGAAUAAUGAAGUAUAAUCUCUGGGUUGUGUAACCAUGUUACAAUGGA